CAAUUCUACAGAGUUUGACCCUACGACCAGUCAUCCUGUGGUCGUAGACAUGCCAGAACACAACCCAGGGCAGAUGGGCGGAACCAUGAGGCUGGGCAAGAGGAGAACCCUGUUCCAGACCAAGAACUCAGUCAUGAGGAAACUCUAUGGAGACGCAGACUACCUGGAAGAGAGGCACCGGCACCGAUUUGAGGUGAAUCCAGUCUGGAAAAAGUGUUUGGAAGAACAAGGCUUGAAGUUUGUUGGCCAAGAUGUCGAAGGAGAGAGAAUGGAAAUUGUGGAGUUAGAAGAUCAUCCCUUUUUUGUUGGUGUUCAGUACCACCCUGAGUUCCUGUCCAGACCUAUCAAGCCCUCCCCACCAUACUUUGGCCUCCUCCUGGCCUCUGUGGGGCGGCUCUCGCAUUACCUCCAGAAAGGCUGCAGGCUCUCACCCAGGGACACCUACAGUGACAGAAGUGGAAGCAGCUCCCCUGACUCUGAAAUCACCGAACUGAAGUUUCCAUCAAUAAAUCAUGACUGAUCUUGUAGUGGAUGAUUCUUCAGGAGACCCUUCAGACUUGGGUAGAGUUUACAGCUCUGACUUUACACUCGGCUUUGGACACUUUCUUUAAAUUAUGUUUUUAUUAAGAUUAUUUUAUUAUGCGGAAAGGUAUUUGGGAAACUUGUCACUUGCAUGUCCCAUCAUGUGUACUGGCUCCUC